CAAAAAGUUCAAGAUGUCAAGAAGGUUAUUCAGAAGCGGAUGGUGGAUAAUGAUGAAGCCAUGAUCUAUAUGGAACCUGAGAAACAAGUUAUAUCGAGGUCUGCUGAUGAGUGUGUUGUGGCCCUCUGCGACCAGUGGUAUUUAGAUUACGGUGAAGUGAACUGGAAGAAACAGGCAUCAGAGUGCUUGAAACAUCUAGAGACGUUUUGUGAAGAGACCAGGAGAAACUUUGAAGCUACUUUAGGUUGGCUACAAGAGCACGCGUGCUCCAGGACGUACGGCUUAGGCACCCGCUUACCUUGGGAUGAGCAGUGGCUGAUAGAGUCGCUCUCUGACUCCACGAUCUACAUGGCCUAUUACACCGUGGCUCAUCUGUUACAGGGGGACAACCUGAGGGGCCAGGGAGAAUCUCCCCUAGGCAUCGGGGCGUAUCAAAUGACCAAAGACGUCUGGGAUUACAUCUUCUUCAAGGCGGCUCCAUUUCCUAAAACCGAGAUUCCAAAAGAAAAGUUGGACAAGCUAAAGGAGGAGUUUGAAUUUUGGUACCCUGUGGAUCUCAGAGUUUCCGGCAAGGAUCUUGUCCCGAACCAUCUGUCGUACUACCUCUAUAAUCACGUGGCCAUGUGGUCGGAGCAGAGAGAAAAAUGGCCAGUAGCUGUGAGAGCAAAUGGACAUCUCCUGCUUAAUUCUGAAAAGAUGUCUAAAUCCACAGGCAACUUUCUUACCCUGACUCAAGCUAUUGACAAGUUCUCUGCAGAUGGCAUGCGUUUAGCCUUGGCUGAUGCUGGAGACACUGUCGAGGAUGCCAACUUUGUGGAAGCCAUGGCAGAUGCUGGUAUUCUUCGACUCUACACAUGGGUGGAGUGGGUGAAGGAGAUGAUUGCAAACAGAGACAGUCUGAGAAGUGGUCCUGCCGACACCUUCAAUGACAGAGUCUUCGCCAGUGAAAUGAGUGCGGGUAUAAUGAAGACAGACCAAAAUUAUGAGAAGAUGAUGUUUAAGGAAGCUCUGAAAACUGGCUUCUUUGAGUUUCAGGCAGCAAAGGAUAAAUACCGUGAGCUGGCGAUAGAAGGGAUGCACAGAGAGCUGGUGUUUCGGUUUAUCGAGGUUCAGACUCUGCUGUUGGCUCCUAUCUGUCCCCACUUAUGUGAGCACAUCUGGGCACUGCUGGGAAAGCCUGACUCGCUCAUGAGAGCCUCCUGGCCGACAGCAGGUCCCGUGGAUGAGGUGUUGAUUCGCUCCUCUCAGUACCUCAUGGAAGCAGCUCAUGACCUCCGGCUGCGUCUCAAGAGCUACAUGGCCCCUGUGAAAGGAAAGAAAAGUAGUAAAGAACCUUCCCAGAAGCCUUCCCACUGCACCAUCUACGUGGCGAAGAGCUACCCGCCUUGGCAGCACACCACCUUGUCGGUUCUGCGCAAGCACUACCAGGUCAGUGGAGGUCAGCUCCCAGAUAACAAAGUAAUUGCCAGUGAGCUGAACGCCUUGCCGGAGCUGAAGAAGUAUAUGAAGAAGGUUAUGCCUUUUGUUGCCAUGAUUAAGGAAAAUCUGGAGAAGAAUGGUUCACGUGUUCUGGAUCUGGAACUGGAGUUUGACGAGCGUGCGGUGCUCAUGGAGAACAUCGUCUAUCUGACAAAUUCCCUGGAGCUGGAUCACAUUGCAGUGGAGUUUGCCUCUGAAGCAGAAGAUAAAAUAAGAGAAGACUGCUGUCCUGGAAAACCUUUUUCUGUAUUCAGAACGGAGCCCAGCGUGUCCGUGUUUCUGGUGAACCCUCAGCCAUCAAAUGGCCACUUCUCCACAAAAAUCGAGAUCAGGCAAGGAGACAGCAGAGAGACAGUGAUCAGGCGCCUCAUGAAGAUGGAUAGAGGGAUCAAAGAUCUCUCGAAGGUGAAGCUGAUGAGGUUUGAUGAUCCUGUGCUUGGGCCACGCCGUGUCCCGGUCCUCGGCAGAGAAGAAGCGGAGAAGACGCCCAUUCCGGAGCAAGCCACCUUCCACAUUGACCUGGAGGAGAAGCACGUCCGCAUCUCUGAGAACGGCCUGACGAAGGACAUCGGCGACACCAUCGUGUACCUGGUGGUUUCCAGCGUGGGAGAGAACCUCUCCGAGGCACUGCCGCCCGUCUCACGCGUCCAGGGGAGGCAGCGGGUUUGGAUGGAGCUGUCUGUCCGCAUCCAGCCGGGAGCCCGUCACCUCGGGAAGGAGUUGGCGGCUGACCGAGGCAUCGGGAAACCCGUUCCUUCUCGUGCCUCGUCUGCAGGUUCUUGA